ACUGUCGAUUACCCUAGCUUCAAACUUGUUAUCGUUGGCGACGGUGGAACUGGCAAGACCACGUUUGUGAAACGCCAUCUCACUGGAGAGUUUGAGAAGAAAUACGAACCAACUAUUGGUGUUGAAGUUCAUCCGUUGGACUUCUUCACAAACUGUGGGAAGAUCAGGUUUUACUGUUGGGACACCGCUGGUCAGGAGAAGUUUGGUGGACUCAGAGAUGGUUAUUAUAUUCAUGGGCAGUGUGCAAUCAUCAUGUUUGAUGUUACUGCUCGUUUGACAUACAAAAAUGUCCCCACAUGGCACCGUGAUCUCUGCAGGGUGUGUGAGAACAUUCCCAUUGUUCUGUGCGGAAACAAGGUGGAUGUGAAAAAUAGGCAGGUAAAAGCAAAGCAGGUUACCUUUCACAGGAAGAAAAAUCUCCAGUACUACGAGAUUUCUGCAAAGAGCAACUACAACUUUGAGAAACCUUUCUUGUAUCUUGCCAGAAAGCUUGCAGGAGAGACUGAGCUGCGUUUUGUUGAAUCACCUGCUCUUGCUCCUCCAGAAGUUCAGAUUGACAUGGCUGUCCAAGCAAAGCAUGAACAAGAAUUGGCACAGGCAGCUGCACAACCACUUCCAGAUGACGAUGAUGAUCUGUUUGAGUAGUGCGCUUCUAUGUUUCUGGGUUUUGUUUAGCUUGUUUGAUGUGAUCGGUGACGUGGGUUUCGGUUGUCAAGAAAUUUAUGACUUUACAAUCUUUCUCUGGUUUUCUCCUUUAGAUAUUAGGGUUGGUUGUUGCCAUGGGUACAUGUGAAGAGCCGAGAGACAUCUCUUGUUAGUAGGUCUUAUGUGGGAUUUACAUUUUAACCCGUCAUAUUGAAUGCUAAUUCUCUACGGUGCUGGCUUACACUAGACUAAUGCGAAUAAAAACUAACAUUUCAUCGA